UUUUAGAUUCUCUUUAUUCUCUUUAUGCCGGUCCUAUUCUCUUCAUGCCGGUCCUACCUUGAUCCUGUACGAUUUCACCCCUGUAAAAGUAAUUUCUGGGCUCCAGUUGAAUUUACUCAACGGACUCUGUGGUUUUCCGGGUCAAAAAUUUUUUUUAUUAAUUACAAGAUUUUAAAUUUCAAUGAAAAAGAUUCACUUCGCCGAUUUAAAUAUUAAACACCGUGGAAAUCCAAAGCAAACCUUAGCUAAUGUAAAACGAGCUGUGAGAAUGGGAUAUGAUGCUGUGGUUAUUAAUAUUGACAUUGGAAGGUAUUCUCAAGUAGAUAUUGAUAAUUUACAACAACCACCGAAUAAAAAGAAAAAAAUUCAACAGAAAAAGGAAGAAAAUGAAGAAGAAUCUUUAACAGAAACAAUAAUUCCAGAUCCAUUUAUUUUAAAUGAAUCAGAAUUAGAUAUUUCUACUCUUUUGCAAAACGGGAAAAGUUUUCGCCAAUUUAGUCGUUUAACGGUAACAUUAGACGAAAAUUCUGUACAUAAAUUUCAACACGAUGCGAGGGUUAAGAAAUAUGAUAUUAUUGCUGUUCGUGUUCCAAAUGAACAAUUACUUUUAACAUUACAAAGGAAAGGAGACUUUGUUGAUUUGGUUACUCUUGAUGGAAUUUAUAGGGAAGUUGGAGGUAUUUCUUGGUUAUUUAAACAAAAAAUUGUUCAAAGUUGUGUUAAUGUUGGUAUUUAUUUUGAGAUAACUUAUUCUAGAGCAUUGCAAGGUUCUGAAAGGAGAAGACAAUUUUUCUCAUGUGCAAGAAAAUUAAUUGAAAUUACAAGAGGUGGUAAUGGAGUUAUUUUAAGUAGUGGAGCUGAUGAAACUAUUUCACUACGAGCUCCUUAUGAUGUUGGAAAUUUAAGUACACUUUUUGGACUGCCUCUAAUGUCUGGAAGGAAAUUAAUUUCAGAAAAUGCCCAGAAUGUAUUACUUAGGGCUCAGACACGCAAAACAAUUAAAGGGGCAAUACAUGUCACCAAUUUUUCAACAGAAAGCCCGAUUAUUCCCUCUGCUACUGGUCAAAAUUCUGCCCAAAUGCUUAAACAAUUAUCAAAAAUUGAAGAAUUCAAAGCUGAAAUGAAUGAAAUAAACGAAUCAAGUUUGAAUUUAUGA